AUGCUUCUGGAGGACCAACGAUUCAUCCACGAGGACUUGGAGCGGUUAGAGCAGGGGGUCGCUGACAGAGUCAUUGACGAACCACGAAAUAUACGAGAAAGAUUAGCACGGGAUCACCAAAUCGCCGGGUUCCUCGACCGGAUUGAAGAACAGUCAAAAAGACUAGUGGACAUCUACAAGGAUGCGGAAGGCAUUCGUGCCCAAGAAAUCCAAUCAAUCGCCACCGGUGACGCAUUUGAAGAAUUCUACAAGCGACUCGAUGAAAUCAAGGACUUCCACAAGCGAUACCCUAAUGAGCCUGUAGAGAACUUGGAGCGCGCAUACAAACGAAAAUACCCCGUAGAGGGCGAACAUUUCGUAUUGGAAACGGAGUCUAUGUUCACGGGAGAAGAAGCUUAUGGACAAUUCUUUGACUUGACGCAACUCCAUGAGGAGUACCUCAACAUUCCGGGUGUUAAGCGGCUUACUUAUAUUCAGUAUAUUGACCAGUUUGAUGUUUUCACGCCGCCUCAACUUACUCUUAAGCGCACGUCGAAGUUGUCGGACAAGUAUUUUAAAUACGUUGGGGAGCUGGCGAGCUACCUAGAAGGGUUUAUGAAACGUGUGCGUCCUCUGGAGAACCUUGACAAACUUUUCGCAUCUUUCGACGAGGAAUUCAAUAAACAAUGGGCAUCAAACGAGGUCCCGGGAUGGGGUACUGAGGUGGCGAAUGGGGCUGAUGGCCCGAAGACACAAGGCACGGGAGAAGGAAUCUGGUGUUCAGACUGCGAAAAGGAAUUCAAGAAUGAGAAUGUCUACAAGAAUCAUCUCACGGGUAAAAAACACAUCAAAGCUGCAGAAGCGAAGAAAGCCAAUGGUGCAUCCGCGGCACCUGAACAGAAUCAAGGCAGUGCUAUCAGAGAUCCAUCUUUAAAAUCUCUCAAAGAAAAGGCAGUCGCAGAACGCGAACAUCGAAUCCGAUCGUUGGCCAAAGCGCUAGACUCAGAACGACAAGCAACUCGUGUCAACGUAGAGAGAAAGCAGGGCAUGACAGAGCGCGAACGACAAAUGGAAAUUGAAGCUCUAAUGGCAGAUGUUGAAACUCCAUUCGGAGGGCCAGGUCGUGAGGAAGAAUCAGACGGGGAAGGAGAUGAACGAAUUUACAACCCACUCAAGCUGCCUUUGGCAUGGGAUGGAAAGCCCAUUCCGUACUGGCUCUACAAACUGCAUGGUCUUGGUGUAGAGUACCCAUGUGAAGUUUGCGGUAACUUCGUUUACAUGGGCCGACGUGCUUUUGACAAGCACUUUUCAGAGGCACGACACAUCUACGGCCUAAAGUGCCUGGGAAUAACACAGCAAACCAACCUUUUCCGUGAAAUUGUCAAGAUUGAAGAUGCCAUCAGACUAUGGGAGAAGCUGGAACAAGACCGAAAAGUUGACAAAGACUCCCGAGACAAUGUUGUACAGAUGGAGGAUGCCGAAGGAAACGUAAUGCCGGAAAGGAUCUACCACGAGUACGUCCCCAAACAUGUUUCCCUUUACUUCCUUCAAAUACUAACGUUUGUGCAGUCUUCAAAAGCAGGGCAUCUUGUAAUUCGGCAGGCUUGCUUGUCAGCAUUACUAGGACAAUUGCGGUGUUCAGGCGCUAGAUUCAGUGUAUAUCAUAUAGGCCCCGGUGGUUCUGGUGGGUAG